AAAUCUUUAACUGAGACUCAAUGGCGCAGCAUCAAGACCUUAAAAGAAAAGGAGGUGCUGAUCCUGAUCAUCAGAUGUCAAGAAAUCAUGCCCCACCUCCACCUCUAAGUAUUGAAGUGCCUAAAAUGAGAGAUCUUCCAAACAUGUCGAAACCUUGGAGUGAUGUCCAGCUUCCUGUUGACAUUCUUCUGUUGACAGUGAAAGACUGCGAGUUUUUAGCUUGUUAUACUUUCCUGAAAAGUUCUUUUAAAAGUUUUCACCAGACUCUGGGAUACGUGUACUUUGGGACCAUGGGUGGAAGUGGUGAAGAGGCACUAAAAGUUGCUUUAAUGAGAUGUCAUGAAGGCUGUUCUGCUCCAGGUGGCUCUCUAGUCACUGUUAUGAAUGCAGUGCGGGAACUGAGACCCAAGGCUGCUUUCUUGGUUGGCUUUUGCAUGGGAUUAAACCCCCAAGCCACCAAACUAGGGGAUGUAGUGUUAUCCUCCAGACUUUUAACUGAAGAAAUCACAGCUCCAGUGAAAAGAAAUAUCGGCAACCUUAACUUGUUUGCAAGUGAAGGCUGGAAGCCACCAUUACAAAAUCCAGUCGGUGAAGAAACUGAAGUACCUGAGGUACACCGUGACAGUGUCAUAUUAUGUGGUAGUCAGUUAUUCAUCACCAAACAACGCCAUAAGUCUCAAUCUCACGUGAUUGCAGUUGAAAGGGAAGGAGAAGGUAAGAUUAUAUGCAUAUAUAUUACUAUUAUAACAAUUUGUAGCAAUUAGAUUUGAGGUCUGGAACUCUAAAUUGUCCCUCGGCAACAGCUUGUAACAUAUUAUUGUGCAGGGAACGUUAAAUUAUUAAGCCGAAAAGAUGAUCAGUUUUAGUCACUACACUUCAGAGAAAUAUUUUGAGCUAAAAAUUAGCUCUUCUAGAUUCUUGUUCACAGUGGAUUGAAUAAGGGUCAUUUUCAUAUUGUAUGAUCUGUUUUUUCUUUCCACUUACAGGACUGUUUGCUGCAGCCCAUGAUAUGAACAUCGAAUGGGUGAUUGUUAAAGGGAUAUCACAUUUUUCUGAUGAUAGCAACACUCCUGACAAGUCCUGGAAGUCAUUUGCUUCUAUCAUGGCAGCUUCUGUUGUGUCCAACAUGUUAAAUGACCCUGUUGUUUUUAAAAAAUGGCCUCACUAUGAAGGUAUGUCACAUCCCAACCUUUUCUAGUGACUGAUUAUUACAGGGUGUCCCAAAAGUUCGCUAUAAGUUACUUUAUAAGUAUGUCUUUCAGUACGAUUGGACUCGGUAUAAAGCAUUCAUUUAAAGAAAAGUAAUGUGUCUUUCAAUCUAAUUCACUAUUCUCGUAUUUGCUGUGCCAUAUCUUUUGACUCGAAUAUUCCAUUUGUGUUCUUUCGGGCCAAAGGCGCGCGUGCACAAUUAUAUUUUCCAGCCACAUAUUUUUGUAUUUUAUAGCCUGAUGCUCGAACUCCUUCCUCUUUUUUUGUGAAUAUCGUGAAAGCAUGUAUACUUCGAUUUACUGGCUUAUAUCUGUUGUAGAAACUACCGAAAAGCUUGAAAUAUCCGAUUGUUGGGUGGUAAAAUGAUCAUGGAGAAAUGAAGGUUUUGAAGGCAAGAAAUGAACGGGAAGACCAAAAAAAGUCCUGAAUAAAUUAAAGCAGCUAAAAUAGUUUUAAAGAAGGUUAGAUACAAAAGAGGAGACUCGACAAGGAAGCUCUCAAGCAAGCCAAGUCCAGAAAGGGUCAUGAAAAGAGAAUGUUUAAAAUUUAUAGAGGCCCCUGAGAUGGCAAAAAAACCCUGUACUUUAAGCCUGCCAAGUAAUGCCCAGCUCUUGUCAAAUUUGUAAAGAAGUACAAAAGCCUUAUUGCUGUGAAAGGGGGCCGGGAUGAUUAUCAUUUUUGGAUGAAUGCCCAAAAUAAUAUUAUAUAUUUUUAGCUGCCUUGAAUUACUAAACAAAUAUUGUUUGGGGGCUGAUCUGGCUCCUGCGCACCUGGCAGGUGAUGAAAAAGCUCAAAAUGGCAACGGCCACAGAAUGUGAUAAAAAAACAAAACAAAACAAAACAAAACAAAAAGGGCAUGCUAGUUACUGAAAUUCUGAAUACAUGUACUCAAUAGAGAAAUAAACAUGUUCUAGAAAAUUCAUGUAAAAAUAAAGUUUUAAUCAAAAGUUAUAGUGCAUGAAAUUAGAGGAACGAACUUUUGGGACACUCUGUAAUAGUGAUCGAUGACUUUUCUGUUCAGAUAUUUUUAUGUAAACUGGUUCACGUUUUUUGUCUGUUUCAAACUCAAAUCAUACAUUAAUAUUAAAAUAACAAAGGCCAAAAGAAAAAUUUGAUUUUGGGGCUUUUCAAGUUUACAAUACUUUUUUUCUUUACAGACCUGACAGCAAAGAAUCAGCCACAGACAACCACAAAGCCAGACAAGCAGAUACCAGGUACAUGUACUAUCCAGUCAAUGAAAUUACACUAUAUCCAGGAGUUUUUCCAGAUUAAAUGAUUGAACACUGCAGGUUUCAGUAGAAAUAACACUAAUCUUUCAAUAUAGUUGUUUGUUGCAUCUAGAGCACAGUUUUCUCUUAUUAUUGUGAGAUUUGUCUUUGUCAAGAGCAGUCUAUUUUUGCCUGGUAUUUUAUAACCCCUUUUUCAGAAAUUUGCUGAAAAAUGCUGUUUGAAGCUCAUUUUUUAAAUCUGCGUUCUGAUCCCUAUCUGGCCAAAAAGAUUGGCCAAAAUUUUUUAAAAUGCUGUAAGUCCAACACUAUGCUGCCUUUUGUUCCUUAUGCUAAAAUAAAAUUAACGUAAGUGUUGUUUUGAAAAGUGACACAGCCCCCUCAACUUUCUGCUGUUUCUUUCUCUCCUCCCUACUUCUAUCACUUUCCCUGCCCCAUUUUUGCCUUAUCUUAGGGAUUUACUAGGCUUCUUUUUGGCGAGACAUGUUUUUGGGAAAACAUUUAGCAUCAUCAAAUUAUUUUGAAGGAAGAGCAGAUGGGAAAUGUUAACUUCUUGGAAACAUUCUUGUCUUUGUUUCAGCUGUGUUUGAAUUAUUUUCAAUAAUUUAGGAACUGUCUAAGGAAAUCCACAAAAUUGAAAAUGAUGUUGUGGUAUAGUCUCAGUCUAUCCACCCACCCACCCACCUACGCUACCUCAACAAAAUAACUUAUGACUUGCUCACCAUAUGAGUCACCCAUAGCUCAGUGGUUAGAGCAUCCCACCAGUAUCUGGAAUGUUGUGGGUUUGAUUCCUGUUAAGGUUUUGGAUUUUUUUUUCUGACCAUUUCUUACGUUGUACCUUAAAUAUUUAUUUUUGGCAAUCAUUUAUCCAUGUGCUGUUUUCUCUUAUUAAUUUAUUUGUGUUUUUGUAAAUUGACUUUUUGUCUGUCCCUCCUGGUCCCGGUUGUUCAAAUGUUUGAUAGCGCUAUCCACCAAACAAAUAACUAUCCAGCAGAUAAGUAUUAGGGAAACCAAUAAUUGCACUAUCCACUGGAUAGUGAUUUAUCCAGUGAAUAGCGAUAUCCACCUUUCGAACAACUGGGGCCUGGUAAUUAAGGGUUGCUAAUCAAGUCAAUCAGCUACUUUAUAUAAACUAUUGAAAAAAACUUGGAAUUGAUGAAAAAUCCUUAUUAACAGAUGCUGUAUGCCUUAAGGAGUGCCAGAAACAGCUGCAAUCACUUUAUGAAACCAGUAGCAAAGUCAAAAUCAUUCCAUGGGACCAGAACUCUGCUGUUCAUAUUGACAAGAUCUACACAGACUUGUCUUGGAUCAUGGAUGACAGGACCCCCAGGGGAGUGAUUCAAGAAAACCUUAACCACUACACUGGGAUUUUUGCUCACAGAGAACCUCGACAUUCUGUACCCAAGAGAAUUUUGGUUUAUGGACAGCCAGGUAAGUGAGUAUUAAUUAAGUAAAGAAUUGUCUUAACUUAACUGGAGGGUAAGUACAUGCAAAAACAUACAAGAACACAGAAACCGUUCGUCUACUAACAUAAUGAAUCUGCACAAGGUGUUAGCGUCAAUGAAGUCUUUCAGCUCAGGCAAGGUAGAUGUUUCUUGAGUGUUUCACUGGCAUGUACAUUCCAAGUGGGGUAAUUUUUAACCAUGCUGUCAAACCUGAUAGGAAGUUUGGUCUGUUGCAAUAGACUGAAAGUUAAAACAAAGUUUUGCAGUUUUCUGUGAGUUAUCCAGUCUGAAAAACAAUUGGCUUUAGAGCAAUCAGCAGAACAUACACUGUAGCCCCCAAUAUUAAUGUAGUAAUAUGGUAAGAAUAUUAAUAUUGUGACUCAAUUUUAUCUGAAGUUCAAGUUUAAUUAAAUGUAUGCUAAAGGGAUAAAAAGAAAAAAAUUAUCCCAGAACAAAACUGAACCACAACCCAUAUAAUUUGACUAAUUUGAUAUCAGGUAAAUAGUCUGUAUAUGAAGACAUACAACUACUCAUAAUUGAGUUUACAAAUUCAUUUCCAUUGUCUUUAUCUUUCAUUGAUAAUUUGUCAUUUGUAAACUCCUCUUAUUAAAUUACAUUGUACCGUUCAGACCUUUUUUCCAAACAACAUUUUUUGUUGUAUUUCAAUUUGAUCAAACUGACAUAAUAUCACACUAAACUACCUUUAUGUACUCAAAAACAAGGAAGGAGAAAAUCUGUACUGAGAGAAUUAAAUUUAAUGACAACAUAAUGUAAAAGAGACACCAUUUUCGAUGGAUGUAAUACAAAGCUGAUUAUCGAAUUCAAAAAUGUCCCCUUGGCAUAAUUUUAGAGGCAGAGGCCACCCAUCAUUAACUGAUACUUUGUUAAAUUGUUAACUAUCCACCGCACAAGAAUAAUUUAAAAAACUCCCUUAAAAUUAAGUUGUUUGAAAAUAAAAGAACAUUUCAAUAUAAUAUACAUUCCAUUUCACAUGACUUUCCAUUAUUAUAAAGUAAAACAAAUCUAUUGAAGAGGUAUUGACAGUUUGUUGUUACUGCCUGCCUAGGUAUCGGCAAGACUGUUUUCACGAAGAAAGCAACUUUUGACUGGUCCCAGCAAAGAUAUUCAGAAACAUUAGGAGCAUUUGAUCUUGUCCUUCUGGUGAGAUUACGUGACGUUAGUAAUCUCCAAGAUGUUCCGUCCAUUCUGAGGGCUUGUGAAGUGCUGGAUAGUAAUGGUGCAAUUUCCGUUGACAUCCUGUAUGAUUACGUUUGUCGCCAUCAAGAAAAAGUCUUGCUUAUCUUGGACGGCUACGAUGAAUAUGUUUACAGUUCAAAAAACGAGUCGCCUGUCUUCAAAAUCUGGAAAAAAAGCCAAUUAAGAGAUUGUUGUGUUGUAAUUACUUCAAGGGAAAUGAAAGCUGAGACGCUGAGAAAUUUUAGUGAUGCUCAAUUCAAAAUUGACGGCUUUAAUCGUCAACGUCAAGUAGAGUUCGCUCGUAGAUUUUUGAAAGAUGAUAAAGAUAUUGCAGAUUUUUUUAGGUACUUACAGCAGCACAACCUAAGGGGACUAGCAGAAAUUCCCCUUCUUCUCUUAAUUUUGUGCUUGCUCUGGACGAAAACAACACGUGAAGAACUACCAAAGGAACGCGCACACAUCUUCGCCCAGUUUGUUAAGACUUUGUUCGAUCACUUGCGUGCAAAACAGUCUGCUGAAUCAGUGGUUAAAGAUUACUCAGAUGAAUUAUACGCAUUAGGAAGCGUGGCCUUUGAAGCCCUUUUGCAAGGCCAGCUUUAUUUCCCUGUCAGUCAGUUACCUUCUGGCUACAGUUUGAUCGAGAGGCUGAUUGAAGUCGGCCUUUUUCAGGUUUUAAAUAUGGCGAGUUUGAAUCCUGAAAAAGGCGUGUACUUUAUUCACAAAUCCGUCCAAGAAUACCUGGCUGCGAAUUUCCUGAAAGAAGAGCUGACAUCUAAAAAGGCUGAAAGUACAAAUUCCCUCUUAAAGUUGGACUCAGUUAAAAAGAUCCUAGAGAUGACUGAGGUUUUAAAAUUUGCUGUUCAGUUGUCAGAAGAAGCCGCGCGCGAGAUUGUGAUUCACCUUGGAAUAAAGAGCGGACUGAAAGAGUUCAAAUUCGACAGCGAAACACCGUCACAGUGGGACUUGUCAGACGAACAAAGAGAUUGUAUUAAUGUUUGUUACGAGUUCUUUUUCUUCAACUUCUCAGCUGAGACAAGAAAAAACCUCUUUCCUACAUUUCUUUCCUCUUUAGGAGGAGUUCUUGUAAUUGAUAAAGAGCAGCUAAAUGUUAUCGUAGAGGAAAAAUUAGUUCAAACUACCGAAACACCCAACUACGUUUUUUUUAAUAAAAGCAUUUAUAAAGAUUAUACAGAGCAGGACUAUAGUAAUUUAAUAAUUUUAGUACAACAAUUAAACGCAGUUAUUGUUAGCUCUGCAGGAGAAAAGAAAGCAUCAGAAUUUUUAAGCAACUCAACAUGGCGUAGGAUUGAUGACUUUUUUUUAAAGAAAGAAGAAAACAACACUCACCUCUAUUUAGCUAAAAUUGUUAAAGAUGAACGUAAAGGCAUUCCUUUUCCUUGUGAUAUAAUAAAGGCGCUAAUAAGUAAACAAGAGACAACAAAGAAGACAAACAUGAAUGGUGAUGAGUCAAGUGAAGAGAGCAGCAGCAGCUGUUGUUCAAAGCGUCAUGGUCUCUCCAGGGUUGGGUGGAUUGAAGCUCGGAAUGUGAACAGGUCAGAAGUGGAACUGAUGAUUGCGAUGAGGCCGUUUAUCACCGCUCCACACGAGAUACUGGUUCGGGAUGAAUACAGUGAAGUGUUGGAUGCUGAGGUAACAGAGUCUCUACUGAGGAGCAUCCAAGUAACACACAAACUGAAGAAAUUAUCACUCUUGGGUAUCAAUGUAACAUCAUCACCUGCUGUGGAGUUUAUCAACAAUUUAUUUGAAAAAGCACCAAACUUAGAGUUGCUCGACAUGUCAUACAAUCCUCUUCUGGGUGCAGGAGUAGACAGCUUGAUUAAACAUCUCAGCUGCGCUCCUCACCUGAAGUAUCUGUGGCUUGUAGGAGUGAAGAUGACUCCACAGCAGGUGAUGGAUCUGUCAUCAGCCAUCAAGCAGCCCGGCAACAUCACUUAUCUGGUGUCAUACUACCACGUAAGUUUUCCAAUUUUAUCGCAAUUUGUUUCUUUAUUCUUUGUUUACAGUUUAUUUCUACUCAGCCCUUGCCUUUCGCCAUUUUCCUUUCUUUGUCAUUUUUAUACUCGACGAAACACGAGAUUUACUUUUGAAAACAAAUCACAAACUUUAGCAGAUUCAAAGUAUCAUUUCAAAUUCAUUCCUUUCAAUUGAUUAAACUAAAUCCAAAAAAAAAGUUUUAACCGAGAACAAGUAAAUUAAUCUGAAAGUGUUUUCACUAUGCAAAAUAAUGGAUCAGCGAGCAGAUAUGAAAUUUCUCUUCGAGUCUGGUUCAACUCGAUAUGAGCUCACUUAACAAACUUGUGAUAUAUGUAUUAACACAAAAAUUCCAAAGUAUCAAUUUCUCAAUCAAUUUUAAUUCAUUACUUUUCGUAAAAUGAUGAAUAACAAGCAUAAAGUCAAAAAUGUGUUCUGUUCAUGCUCAAUUCAAACAAACAAUUUGCAAAAAUUAAGAAAAAAGGCUAACCACUUACAGUUUCACUUUUAUCGCUAAGAUUUUCGUAAAAUCAGCUAAACUCAAGUAAAGUUUCUUUGAGAGUUCAGAAAACGAAGAAGUCCUUUCAGAGCUGUCCUUUUGUUUGAGUGUCCCUUGCGUUUCGGUAAAUGCUUGUCCUCCCGUAAAUAACCUCACUGUAGCGUAGGUUUUUGAGAUAGCGUUCCACAAAAAAUAUAUUCCUCUGAGACACUUUGGUUGAAAUUUAACACCAUACAUUUAAUUAUAGGUAAAGCACUCCUCUAUGGUACAAGCUGUCUAUUUUUGUCGGUUACUUCUUUUCCAGUUUUACGACGAACAAAACAAAUCCUGCGUCACUUCGCGUCUUUUAUGAAUGAGUUGAAGUUAAUAAAUGUAGUUUCCUUUAGCUUGCACAAAUCCUUUGACAAAUUCCUGAGCACAUAAGACGAGUUUUUCUCUUAACUGGCAUUGUACGGUGUUUUCUCAUUCUUUUUGUGUCCAUCUUGAGUAUUUUUGCGUUGAAAGUUUUCUUUGAAGAGCAAACUCAACUGAAGUGAACAACAAACUACAAAAUCAACAAACUGUCAUUCAAAGUGGCGUGAGAGAAGGCUUGUGACGUGGCGAGAGCUGAUUGGUUAUAUAACUACCCACGUGGUAGAAUUUUCCCGCCUUUCGUUUGGUAGCGCAGCAAGCGUUUCUUCAGACGAGACGAAGGUUUUUGUGCGCCUCCCCUUCCAACCCCCACUAAGAAAAAACUGAUCUGUGAGAAUUUUAUCAGACCAAGAGUUAAUAGAAAAAAGGGCUCCAAGGUUUCAAUAAUUCGCACAUUUUUAGAGUAUAUUAUUUGCUUUUGCUGUUUUGAAAGUCUUGCAGGCAAAUUUUAGGGGUUGAAAAGUAGAAUGUGAUCUUUAAGAUGUGAGCACCUUUAGAGUUGCGUCCAAGAAGUCAGAUGCAUUUUUUGUUGGUUUUGUCGUUUUCCCCUCUUUUUCGCAUUUUUAACUCCUUUUUUGAACAGGACUUUAGUUCGUGAGCCCUUGCUUUUUCUGUAUGUAGGUAAUUUCUAAUCACUAUUAAACGGCACAAAAAUUCGGAAAUUUGGGGUUGACAAGGAAAAAUGAGGAACGUCUUGCGCAGCAACCUAAAGGGUGGUUUACACUAGCGACAGAGUCGGAGUUGGAGUCGUAAGAUCGCUUAUGACCUAGUGAAAAUCGAAAAUCGGAGACGUAAGCAGAGUAACCCGAGAUCUGGCUGAGUUGAUCUAACCUGAGUUUCGCUUUGAAAAUUACAUUCGGGCGGCCAAGGCGAUUUUUUUAGCGGUAGCCGUUAGAGAGAAUGCAUGAGAACCGCUAAAAUUGGGCCUGAUCUCAGGUUAUAAGCGGAAUCAUAAGCGCGCCGGAAUCGGAGUCCGAAGAAUUAGAACGUUUCCAUUUCUUCCGACUCCGCUUACGUUCCGCUUAUGAUCUAGUGAAAACCAGAUUGUCAGAAUCGGAAGCAGAAGCAGAAGGAUAAACCAAUCCCGAUGCACGUUGUCACGCUUUGUGAUUGGUUUGGUUCUUCCGCUUCUGCUUCCGACUCUGACAAUCUGGUUUUCACUACAUCAGAAGCGGAACUUAAGCGGAAUCGAACACAAGCUCUGCGCUUUUGAUUAUGACUCCGACUCCGACUCUGUCGCUAGUGAAAGGAAGCCAUAAUUUUGAGACACUCAGUAGAACGUUUUUUAGCGCAGCGGUACGCGCAAGACCAUUCAGGACGAAAUUACUGUUCAGGGCAUGUGGAUUUUAAGACUUUGAACUUAAUAAGGCUUCGGAGCAGAUUGCGAAAUGAGCAAAAUCUCUUGUUUAGUCCUAAAUAUAACUAAAUUAAAGAAGAAAAACGUCUUUGUCGCAAGCAGAAAUUUCUAUAGUACUUCUUUGACUAUGUGUUGUAGAAAUGACCUCUCUUCGGGGUGGAAUCAUCUUGAGCUUUACUCAGGUUGGUCUUAAAGUCCCAAGAGUGAUCAACAUGAAGUUUCUCUUUACAAUAUCAAAACAUUAUCAAAAGAAGAUGUUAGGAGAAGUACUAAAUUGAUGAACAAAGGAGAAGUACUUUGAUCUUUUAUCAAGUUCUCUCAACUAAUUCUAUAAGGCAAUGUAUGGACAGUAGUGUGGAGAAUUUGUAUUUUUAUAUUGGGGCUUACAGGGUUAAUGGUAAAUUUCUAGUUGUCCGAUGAGCAUUCACGUCCCCAUCACAUAGUAGUUAACCCCUGGGGUUAUUUUUGCCCUAUGUGUUUCAUUGCUUAAAAUCUAGACUACACUUUCGAUCUUUUAAACGUUGCUUUAAAAGUUGGAUGGUGCUAGUGUUAUCUUGUGAUUUGUUGUAGGAUCGUGAAGGGAAUCCCAAUCCUGAACAUGACUGGCUAUCAGAAAACCAUUGGAAAAGGUCGUUCCCCAGUCUCUUUUCUCACUCAUCAAAUGAAUCACAGCCGCAAAGGCAACAGGUUGGUCUUAUUUCUUGAAAAAAAAAAAACUGAAAAAAAAAAACAUUCCGUUUAAAAACGUAUGGUUUUUCUUCAGCUUUUCAGGAGUUCACUUAUUAUAAACUGAAACUGAGGGAACAGUAAAUGUGUGUUAUAUCAUAGUAGUUUCAGGCUGUUUUUUUUUUUUUUUUCUAGUCGCAAUUUCAUAAAAAAUGAUCAGUCAAAUCAAAACAGUGUGGUUGAAUGUAAGUCUUACUAAAAAUAACAAGUUAUUUCUGUGGUCUUAGACUCUUAGCUCACUUCUUUUAACAAGUGAGCUAAGUCAUACGGAAACCGACGGUUCUCUUACAACGAUGUCUUUUAGUUGUGGAAGUUACUGUCCGAACAAUAUUGCAACAGACUGCAAUCCGUUUCGGAAAUGUUGAGUGUUGUGUUUUUUUGUCAGGUCGAUUCAUUAUCUGAAUCUGAGGAUGAGGAAGAGGAAGAGUGGGUGAGUUAUCGGCUCUAAAACACAAUGAGUAGCCGAAUGUGCAGCCGAGUGUUUUUCACGAGUUUUUAAUAGUUGAUAGGUUGGGUUUGUUAUUAUUUACUUGUUUGUUUGUUUGUUUUUUUUCCUUUUUCUCGGCCAUGUUUUAUCAGAUUGAAAAACUUGCCUUACAUUUUAAUUUACUUUGAAUUUUCUUAAUGACGUGUUGUUUAUUUUAUUUUUUAAGUUUUAUGGUAUGACUUUAAACGUUACUCUUCCUAAUAUCUUAGAUUUUUGAUACAGAUUCACUUUUUUAUCAACAAGACUUUCGUCAAUUAUUUGGUUCCUUUAUCAGGGAAAAUAGUGACACUGUUAGAAGAUUAGAUUUACUAUGGCAUUUUCAAUUUUUAUUGACUUGAAUCAGGGACCAAAACUCUUGUUAUGUACAUGAAGACUGAAAUAACGAUCCUAAAAGAUAAGAAAUGGAUAGUGUAUAGUGUUAAGUGUGUGAUUUUUGGCAGGAUGAGGAAGGAAUCAUACAGUCUGAAGAAGAAACAGCUGAAGAAAUGUCAUCAUAUGAAUCAGAAGACAACCAGGACCAGGUAAGUUAUAAGACUUCUACCCUUAAAAUUAACGCUAAAAUAAAUGACGUGUCGACCGUUUCAAGGCAUUCUCGAGUUCGACUUCAUUAGUAAAAUGAAUAUUUGUAUAAUCAUACUAUCGUGGACGGUCGAUUGAAGCGUUUUGUGUACCCCACGUUCAAUAUUCAGAGCAUUGCUCCUCACCAGAUAUCCACAGCCAUCAUCACAGUGCCCAUCCAGCAUUUUAACAUGACAUGACAUGAAAAUGUCAACGUUCUCACUUUACUGGUUAGAGCCUUGUUACGCAUUUUAAGCAAACAAAGAGCUUGAGGCUUAGAACCGACCAGUGAACCGAAUAUUGGUUCGGCUACUUAGGUUCUGUCUUUGUAGAAGAGUUUCUUUUGCUCAAUCAUCUUAUUGGCUUAUCAACUCCUAUCCUGCACCAGGCGUUCAGAUAGUGGAAAGUGCCACUCUCCACUAUCUGAAAGCCUGAAACACGCUCAUCAGCCCUUUUUUUCUUUUACCACUCGCACAGAUUCUGGCAGAGACUCGCCUCAGUAUUCACGACUCACCAUUCCCCGCUGACGAUCAAGACACCGUGGGAACAUUUCCAGCGCCUCCUGAUCCUACUGGUAAGGUUUCUUGUCCCCCUGCCCCCCUCCUCCCCCCCAGUUCCCUGCCUCCCCAAUCACAGAUGUAACAAAACCUGUUGGCGAUUAACGCCCUGAGCACUAAUAAGAAGUUGUACAUAAGUUCGUUGCGCUCAAAAGUCAGUUUUGGUUUGUGAGAUUGCCUUCUUUUUAAUAGUUGCGGUGUAGACGUGCGACAAGUUGCUGUUGUCACAUUCUGUUCGUAAUUUUGAUGAAAGAAAUCGGACGUCAAGGACUAUGUUUAUCCAUUAGUCUGUUUAUAGACCAAAAAGGUAUUCUACGCAGUACUACCCGGCAUGAGUAUUUAACGGACCAAGCCUUGCUGCCAUGUACAGAAACGAAAAGCAUGUCAACAGUUACAAUAGUCACUGAGGACGUUUAAAAGGAAAAGAUCCUCUUUCUCCUGUUCCGAUGUAGAUAUUUUCCGGUGUUACCUAAAGUGAGCGAUGUUUGCACUAAUGAUUAUUUAAACUUACGUAGUAAAACGAGGGGGCAUAACAUUAAGAAAGGAUAAAUGUUCUAGAAGUCUAUCAGUCUGAAAUCGAUGGUUUCCUUUAUACGUUAUGUGACGUAAGAUCUUUAUUUCUUCUUUAAGCUGAUCCAAUGUUAGCAGGGCCAUCCAUUCCUACUCGUUGGAUGCUAAUUUCUACCUUUCUUUCCUUAACAGCUGAUCCAAUGUUAGCAGAAGCGACUAUUCCUACAGGGCAUGGAUCCAACCACGGUCUGGUACCUCACGUUCAGCAUUCAGGGAAUUACUCCUCACCAGAUAUCCACACCCAUCAUCACAGUGCCCCAUCCACCAUCUUUACACCUGGAGGAUCCUUGUCUACCGAUCCGUAUCUCAGCAGUGGUCCUGGCCCUUCUACAGUCACACAGGAAGAGCUCAUUGACGAGGUAAUGAGGCCGGACGAGAGCGAUGGGCCGGAUUCAUAUUGCUGUUCUUGUAUAUUAGUUUGA